UCACGUUGCACAAAUGUGUCAAAGCGUUUCGCUGAGGAGGAUGUAACUACGUGACUGGGACAUAUUUUUAAAACUAUAUAUACACUUCUUAUUUGCCCGUGUGAUCCAUAUCAUACAAAGUUUACUUUUGGAUAGUGGAGCUGAAUUGAACGCGUCGCCGAAAAGGCCAUGAUUGGAUGAACAUGGAACUCUCCCCUUUCUUGAAUGUACCAAGACCUUCACUGACUACUGUAACUGGAUAAAUUGCCAUUGAUGUGUGACCAAAGUGUGGAGAUGCCUGUGGGUGACAGCGGACCAGAUGGGGAGGAGCCUUCUCUACCAUCAGGUGACGGAGGGGCGGAGGAGAGGAUGACGUCCAGACAGCAGCAGCAGGGCGGAGGGGCACAGUCCCAGGGCCUUAGGACAGAGGAGGGUGGAGCUUCAGGAGGAGAAGUUGGGCAGGAGGAUGAGGAAAUGACCAGUGGCUCACAUGACCUCUCCUCCUCAGCCAAUCACAGCCCUGGCAGUGCCACUGGAUCUACCUCAGUUUCAACCAAGAGCAGUGAGCAUACAGAGGGCGACAGAGGACAGAACCACAGAGAAGUGAUGAUCACUGUGGCUGAGAUGAAGAAGAGGCUUCCAUCGGACAAACGCAGCUGCAGUAAAGCCAGCACUGUGGAGGCCUUACACUACGCACUCAAUUGUGUCAAACAAGUGCAAGCCAACAGUGAAUAUUACAAACUGCUGAUGAGAAAUGGCCAGGACGAGCGGAGAGACGCCACUGUUUGUUCCCUGGAAGAGUUGGAGAGAGUCACCUCUGAACACACCCUUAAAAACACGGACUCCUUCGCGGUGGUCUUCUCGCUGUCGAGCGGCCGCGUGCUGUACACAUCAGAGCAGGCUCCCAGCAUCCUCUGCUGCAAGAGCAAGUUCCUGGAGUCGGCCAAGUUUGUGGAGCUGCUCUUCCACCAAGAUGUUAAUGUCUUCUACGCACAUACAGCUCAGCCACACCUCCCACCCUGGAGCAACUCGCACACAGUGGGGGUUCUGUUUGACUGUGCACAGGUCAAGUCGUUCUUCUGCCGAAUAAGGGGCGGGAAGGACCACGAGGGUGAGAUGCGUUAUAAUCCUUUCCGGAUCACACCGUACCUGCUGAAGGUGCAAGGAACAGGAAAGAGUGGGGAGGAGGAGGAGCCAUGUUCCCUUGCACUGGCAGAACGUAUCAUAUCUGGAUAUGAAGCACCUCGGAUCCCCAUGGACAAGCGUAUCUUCACCACUACACACUCUCCCGGCUGUGUGUUUCUGGAAGUGGAUGACAGGGCUGUGCCGUUGCUUGGAUACCUUCCCCAGGAUCUGAUUGGCACGUCUCUGCUGACCUGUGUUCAUCCAGAAGACCGGCCCCUCAUGCUGUCAAUGCACCGGAAAGUAUUGAAGUAUGCCGGCCAGCCUCCGUUUGAACACUCUCCGAUGCGUCUGUGCUGUCAGAACGGAGACUACGUCACGUUGGACACCAGCUGGUCCAGCUUCAUCAACCCAUGGAGCCGCAAGGUGGCCUUCAUCAUUGGACGGCACAAAGUCAGGACGAGUCCACUGAACGAGGAUGUGUUUGCUGCUCGACCUAAGGAGGAUUUUCCAGUCACUCAUGAAGAAAUUAAAGACCUGCAAGCAAAGAUUUACAAGCUUUUCCUGCAGCCGGUUCACAACAAUGGCUCCAGUGGUUAUGGCAGUUUGGGAAGUAACGGAUCUCACGAGCAUUACAUCAGCGUCGCGUCUUCGAGUGACAGCAACGGGAACCUGUGGGAGGACGCGCAACGUGAACCGAUGACUUUGCAGCAGAUCUGUGCUGAUGUGAACAGAGUGAAGAGCUGGGGCCAGCAGGCUUAUCUCAAUUCCAGCCACAAGAUUACUCUUCUUGGAAAGCCUGCCACAGCACGUCUGCCUCCUGCAGCCUCAAACCCUGGGGUCAGAGACAAUGAAGAAAGCAGGAAGCAAACUCAUAUUCCCUCCUAUCAGCAAAUCAACUGUGUGGACAACAUCAUCAGGUACUUAGAGAGCUGCACUGGUCCAGCCCUGAAGCGUAAGAAUGAAUCUCGUCCACAUGCCAACUCUUCUUCCUCAUCCUCUACCUCAGAGGAAGAUAAGCCAGCUGAAGCCACUGCUCAGGCCAACUCAGACGUCGUGGUGUUGGAAAGCGAGAUGUCUGUAAGUGCGUCAGCUGCUGCUGUGGUGGGAGCACCGCUGACAGACAUCGCAAUGUCCACCAAGGCCAUGAGCGUCGUCUCUGUCACCAGCCAGUGUUCGUACAGCAGCACCAUCGUACACGUGCCGCAACCUGAGUCAGAGGCGACAGCACCUGAGGACGCACCCAUGGGCAGUGAACCGGCUGAUGCUGCUCCCGUCUCUGUCCGUCCGGCACCGAGCCCCGCCACAGAGGAGCGAAGGUUUUUCGGUCUCACCAAAGAGGUGCUGUCAGCUCAUACUCAGAAGGAGGAGCAAGAGUAUGUGGAUCGCUUCCGCCAUCGCAUCCUCCAGAGCCCAUACAGCUCCUACCUGCAGCUGGACAACAGCUCAAUAGCUCACUCCCACCACCCAGGUGAUUACCUUCGUCCAUUGAGUGGCGGCGGUUGGAACCGCCCACGUAGAGGAAAGCCCAGACACAAGCGUGCGAAACCGCAGUGUUCCUCUGACAGCUAUGCUUCCCCUCCUUGCCACGUCCCUGACUCCUCCUGGCCGUCCUCAGAAUCCUCUCAGCCCCAGAUGGGGGCGCCAUUCAGCCAAACAUCCCCAAUGCAGACACCAUUCUUUCCCAUGAUGGCGACUCAGCCCGGCCCAGCUCAACCACCCAGACCACAACAGCUGCCCACAGCGACUCCUGUAGUGCUGCCGCCUCCUGACCAACCCCAGCCGAGCUACAAUUUCAACAUCAUGCAGUCCACUCAGUGCAUGCCAGGCAUGCAGCCAAUCCAAAUGGAUCCCAUUCAGAAUUUGCAGAACUUCCAUACCAUGCAGCCCAUGGCUCCAGCGCAGGGCAUCAACCCUUAUGUGGCUCCAGUCAUGGCUUUCAUCCUCCCUAACUACCCUACAUUCACUGCUGGUCAUCCUUCCAUGUACCCAGCAACCGGUACCACCAUGUUGCCCCAGACUCCCAUUAUGAUGACCGGCUUUGCUCCUCCCAGUGUCCCCUUCACUCAGCCUCAGUUCCAAACCCAGCCAGGCCCCCACACUUUGACCUCCCCGAUCCCUCUGCUCUGCUCUCCCAGAGCCAGCUCCUCUGUCGGGGAGGAAGAAGAAGCAGCUGGACCUGGAGCUUUGUUCUCCAGCUCGCGUUCCAGUUCUCCGCUUCAACUUAACCUGCUGCAGGAAGAGCUGCCCAAGCUGAGUGAAGGGCAGAGCAACACUGGGCACAACCUCGCCGAGAGCCUCCAUGAAAAUCAUGUUAACGAAGGUGACGCCCCCAGCGUGUCCGGGAACCACGAUGCCCAAUCUACAUCAAGUGAGCUGCUUGACCUGCUGCUGCAGGAAGAUGCCCGGUCAGGAACUGGCUCCAAUGCCUCAGGGUCUGGAUCAGGGGAGUCCGGAGGCUCACUGGGAUCUGGAUCUGGAUCUGGCUCCAAUGGAACCUCCACCUCUCACACAGGCAGCAGCAACAGCAGCAAAUACUUUGCAAGCAACGAUUCAUCGGACACGUCACGCAAAGCCCGAAAGAGCCAGGAGGGAGCAGCAGAGCACCAGCACAGCUUCGACACGCGGGUGGAGAACUCCCUGUGGACCAUGAUCCAGCACACACCCGAGCAGGUCAUGAUGACGUACCAGAUCCACACUAGGGACCAGAAUGAGGUGUUGGCAGAGGACAGGGAGAAGCUCCGUGUGCUUCAGCCUCUGCAGCCUUGGUUCAGUCAGGAGCAGAGAAAGGAGCUGGCUGAGGUUCAUCCCUGGAUCCAACAGCACACCAUCCCACAGGAGUUCGACACACAGGGUUGUGUGACCUGCGGCUCAGGGGCAAGAGUUUCCCACUCGCCUCACCCACCUGCCCCAGAUAGUUCGUCCCUGCUGGACAGUCCUCAGCAGGACUCGACUGGACCUGUGGUGGACACUUGAGAGACCUGGAAUCCAUAGAAACCACCUCCCAAUGAACAGCAGAGCAGUCCUGCCAGAGACCUACCCAGAAAAUCCCCACCAUGACCAGUUCAGACAGGGUCCCAAUGCUUUAGGUCAACAACAUUUGACAUGACAUGUUUAUGAGAUGUUACCAGAGGCUUGACCACACACCCUGAAGAGCAGAGGAGAGAGAGAGAGACUAAUGUCGGUCUAAUGUGACCGCCUUCAUCGGACCAUGAAUAUUUGACCUCUCUUCUAUUUGUGUUGCUAGUUUCGCUGUUGGGGUUAAGUUCGUAUUCAGGACUGAGCCGUUCCUUUGGCGCCGUGAGCUGAUUGAACCAUUGAAAACCACAAGCACUAUGAAGUCGCCCAGUGUGUUGGAUGGGUGUGAGUGGGUGAGUAGAACGAGACAGAGCUGGCCCAGUCCGACUAUCAGAACACACACACACACAUCAGACUCCUCUCCUGUGACAGGGAGUGCAGGUUGUACAGUAUACAUGUACCAUGUCGACUCCUUCAGUGGCUUAGUCAUUUUGUUGUUGUUGUUGUUGUUGUUGUUGUUGUUGUUUCCUGACGGUCACCGAGACAAAGAUACAUUUGCUGCUCUCUGUUUAUAAUGUUCACAUCUGAAUGUUGUAUAUGUUCAUUGUUAUUCCAUACAUUGUUGUUGUUUUUCCUUCUUGUCCGAAGAAUAAUUUUUUUUUUUUAAAUGUUACUUUUGAGUCACAAACAGCAGGAAAGUAUGGUGUUCAUUUUGAAUUUAGUGCAUUGACAUAAAAGCAGCUGUCACUUUUUUCCCCCCAAAUCAUGCUUUAUUAAUUUCAUACGUUGGAAUGUUGAGCAUUUGUCGUGGAGCUAACAGCUACGCUAACAAGCGUAGGACUGUAAAUAUUUCCACUCACUGCUUUUCAGAUGCUUGGAUGUCGCGAUUGUCCGCUCAGGAUUGUUUAUCUCGUGUACAAAACUUAACGUUAAGAAGUUAAGCCCGGUUCCAAAUAACAGCAUAACAGCACUGUCUUCUUUUCCUGUUUUGGGCCAAGUGUGCAUUUAAAAUGGAUCCGAGGCCAAGCGCUGCUCACAGCGCCCUCUGCUGGAUCACGCAGGGAUGAGUCACAAUGGUUUGAUGCACUUCGAGGCUGUUUAUUUUGAUCUCUAACGGGUUUCUACGGAUUGAGUUUGUCCUCUCUCCCCCGCGUUUGAACGAGUAUCUGAAUUUCAGAUAAAAAGAAGUGACAGCCUGAAUGUCGUGUAGCGUGUCCUUUCUUUUUUUGUCCCGCGUUGUUUUCCACCUGCAGUACCUGUAGCUUACCUCUAAUUGUAAAUGUCUAAUCUGAUCCUGGUUUACUUUCUAAAUGCAAGGACUGAGUAGCUUUCUGCUUGACCAUGUGUCUGUAAGAGAGAGACACUGUGCUUCGCACUGGAUUCAGAUUGUAGGUGAGCUUGUGAAUGAACAUGUGAGUGAGUGAGUGAGUGACUGCAAGCUGUUUCCUUUGACACGGUUGUCCAACAGUGCAGGGACAGAACAAGGUUUUCUACCAUUUUUAGAUCUCAAGUAUAUUACGCGACCUUGUAUUUUAUAGCAAUUGUACACACACCAAACUUCACAAAGUGUAUAUAAAGCCAUUUGUCUUUGAUUUCAGGGACUGUGUUUGUGACACAAAGGAAUGAAUAAAUGAACUAUGAUCUA